UUAAACUUGACUCGCCAUCGACAGCAAACACGCAUGAAAAUCAGCCAUCCCACGCCAGACCAGACUCGAUCAAGAAAAGACAACACAUCAGACACCAAAGACCACGGAAAAUGGCACCCGGAGACACAGUGUUGUUGACCGGUACCACCGGCCACCUUGGCUGGGCCAUUCUUCGUUUCCUACUCGGUGAAGGAUAUUAUGUCCGGUGCGCUGUCCGAAAAGCAGCGGACGAACACACAAUCCGAGCUCGACCCGCAUUACGCCGCCUGAAUCCCGCUUCGAAACUUGACUUCAUCGUCGUGCCAGAUAUCACGACACCUGGGGCAUUUGUAGCGGCCGCCGAAGAUGUCGCCUACAUCAUCCACACAGCGACUCCUCUACCAAAGUCUGCUCGCUCGAUCAACACAGAUGACGCCCGCGAGACAUUCAUCAAGCCCGCUGAAGCUGGAACACUCAACAUUCUUGACGCUGCAGAGCAGAGCGGGACGGUGAGACGUGUUGUCUUCACCAGCUCUAUCGCAGCAAUUGUUCCCAUAUCACAAAUGGAGGGCGAAGAGGCAAGAGAACAGCCAGUGCUUCCCGAGGACCGGAUACCCGUCGAUCCAGGACCAUACAAAUCCGAAUUUGCCGCCUACGCAGCCUCCAAAUGUCGAGCACUUCAAGUGGCGGAGGAGUACAUGGAGACAGAGCGGCCGUUCUUUGACGCCGUGUACAUACACCCGGGCUUCGUGCUUGGGGCCAACACGGCAGCGACUACGGAGAAGGAGGCGAUGAAGGGCACAAACUCCAUGUUGGCAGCUUUGCUCCUAGGCCACAACCAAGGGGUAUACGCGGGGGUGUCGGUGCAUGUCGAAGACGUGGCACGGGUCCAUGUGGAGGCUCUAAGUCCCAAGAUUCUUGGGGGCCAGAGCUUCAUCUUGGGCGAGCAGGUACGGUGGACCGACGCCAUCGACAUCGCUGAGAAAGAGUUCCCAGAGCUUUUCGCGAGCAAGUUGUUGACGACCAGCGGAUACUACCAGACUGUCAGUAUACCAAUCGACACCAGCCUAACGCGAGACACAUUUGGAAUGGACUUUAUCAGCUUUGCCGACCAGGUGAAGAGCAUGGUCCAGCAUUGGGCCAAAGUACGCCAGCCUCACGGAACGCCGUCUUCAACUGCUUCGAGUCCUCCAACCGAAUCUCUGGGCUGGGAGAGCGCAGAGAUGGCCGAAGACGAGACGCCCAUUGCAUACAGCCCAAUCCCAAGUAGCGAAGACGAACCGGCCAUCCCAGACGUCCAUCUUUCUCUGCCGACUGUCAUCGCGGGGUUGGAGGAGCACGAUUACGGCACGGCAGAGGUCAUACCACCCGCCACGGAAGAAGAGACAUGGGAGGAGAUCAUCCAGCGGCACAUGAUUCCAUCGGAGGUUUUUCCUUCUGGCGGCGAAAGCGGUGGCAGCAACUGGUCGACGGCGUCGUAUCAUACUGAAGGCGUCACGCCCAGCGCAUCGGGCGACGAGGAGGGACCGGCAAUUUAUUAUGAUUCAGAUGCCAGGCAGGACUCGGAGAUUCAUGGCGAUGAUGGAGUCAUUCACAUCGCGCAGGAUGUCAAGGAGCGCCCUGCUGUGCAUGAAAACGGCGCGGAUGGGACAAGUUGAAUGGAGAAGAUGUCAUGCCGUCGGCGGAAGAGUCGAUGACUCUGAAAGCCACUGUACUGGGCAUGGGGUUCUUUUG